AUGAAAGAAUUGCAUGAAUUAAACUUCCCUGGAGCUAACUUAAAGUACCACUAUUGGGCGACCUCUAUGAAGGUAGCUGGGAAAAUUCUGCAUUGUACAUCACCUUUCACUGCUUGUAUAAAUCUCAGGAAAGAUUUCUGUGAUGCGGUGGAUGACUUCUUCCAAUCGGGGAAUUUACACAAUGGAUUUAAUGUUACGAAUGUGACCCUCAUCCCUAAAUUGGUGAACCCUAAGAAAGUGUCCCACUUUAGGCCGAUUUCCCUGUGCAAUGUUGUUUAUAAGGUAAUCUCCAAAAUUAUUGCAAACAGAAUUAAACCUGUGCUACCGAGAUUGAUCUGCCCUACCCAAGCUGCUUUUGUUCCAGGGAGGAGCAUUCAGGAUAAUAAUGUUUUAAUCCAGGAAAUUAUCCAGUCCUUUAAGAGGAAGAAAGGAAAAGAAGGUUUUUUUACGAUUAAAAUUGACCUGGAUGCCCUGAUUAAAGGGGACAUUAAAGGUAUCAGUUUGAGCAGAGGUGGACCUAGAUUGUCCCAUCUUUUCUUUGUUGAUGAUCUAAUUUUGGUAGGAAGGGCGAAUUUGGACGAAGCUAAAGGAUUAUGGCAGUGUUUAGAAAAAUUCUGUGAUUGGUCUGGGCAAAGAAUUAAUAAACUCAAAACUUCCAUCUUCUUCAGCGGUAAUACGAGCAAUGGUAUGAAAAGGGCGAUCAAGCAGGCUCUGGGACUGAACUGUGCAAUGGGUAAUGUUAAUUAUCUAGGUCUCCCACUAUUUAGAAAUCGCCAAAAAGAUGCUGACUUAAAUUUUAUACUGGAUAAUCUGAUAAAUAAAUUACAUGGGUGGAAAUUGAAAUCGUUAUCUAAGGCAGGACGUGCUACCUUGAUCAAAUCUGUUGGGCUAGCAUUGCCAGUUUAUGCUAUGCAUACGACCAAAUUCUCUAAAAAACUUGCCUCUAAAAUUGACGGAAUGGUAAGAGAUUUUUGGUGGGGAUAUGAGCAAGGAAAUCGAGGAAUCUGCCUUAAGGCCUGGGAUCAUCUGUGUCUUCUGAAAUCUCUGGGUGGCCUAGGAUUUAGAAAAUCUUUAGAGAUGAACCAAGCCCUUUUGGCCAAAUGGGGCUGGGAUCUUCUAAAUGAGGAAUAG